AUAUUAUUAAUGGUUCAUCAAUUACUUUAAAUCAUAUUGAUGUCGAAUCAGAAGUUCAUAUUAAUGAAGAUUUUCAUAAACAAAUUGAAAAUGUUUUAAAAAAACGUUUACCUUCAAUUAUUCAUAUUGAAAUUUUAUUUCCAUCAGAUCAAAUUUUCGAAAAAGAACAAUGGAAUAAUUUAACAAAUGAUGAAAUCUUAAAAGAUUUAAUUCCAUUAAAAUAUUUUCAAGAAAAAUUCUCUCCAUCUGGUCAAAUCUUUAUUAGUUUAGGAACACAUCAAACAACAGGUAUUGGAAUGCAUAUUUAUAGUCAUUUAAUUCCAACAAUUGAACGUGAAAAUCUUGAUUUACAAGAUCCAUAUAUAUCAAUAUGGAAUGAACAACUUCUCAAAUCAAUUGGAAAUAUUAUUCGUUUUAUUUAUGAUCAAACAAUAACUAAUAUUGUCAAUAAUCAUUCACAAUAUCUUAAUACAAUUCUUUCAUUUUAUUCAUUUCAAACAACUGUACCAAAUAAAGCAAUUGGUGAAUUUCUUCUUGAUGGAUUUUUAUCAUCUGAUAAAGAUAUAUUUGUACCAAUACAACGAUGUUCAUCUGAUAAUCAAUUAUUAUUGAUUCCAUCUCGACAUGCAUAUUUAAGUAAUUCAAAAUAUCUUGAAAAAUUUCUUUCAAUUCCACUUAUUCCAUUUGAUAUUGGACAAAAUGAAUUUAUUCAAAUAUUAAGACAUAAUAAACAAAUUCAAGAAUUAACUAAUGAAAUAAUUCGAGAAAAAAUUCGUGAAUCAAUUUUUCUUUAUGAUGAAUUAGUUAAUUUACUUCAUUGGUUAUGUACAAAUAUAUUUGAAGAUAACUCCUAUAUAAAAACAAUUCUAUCCGAAAUUUAUUAUCGUGAAACAUCUCAAUCAACAAUAAUUGAAUUAGAAAAUAUUGAAUUUUAUAAUAUAUUAAAUCUUCCAUUGAUUGUUCCUCUUCCAUCGAAUGUUUUACCAUCAAAUAUUGUCAAUCACAUUUCUCAAGAAGAUUUAGAAAAAAAAUUAUUUUUAACAAAACUUCCAAUAAGAAAUUUAAUUCAAUUUUAUCUUCUUCCUACUCAACAUUAUUUAUUUGAAAAUGAAUUCACAUCAAAUAUUCUUCUUCAUUUAUUUUCACAAUAUUGGAAUCAAUUUAAUACGAAUAAUUUAAAUAAUAUAAAAAUAAUUCUUUCAAAAUUAAAAUGUAUUUCUACAAAUCAAGGAAUGAAAUUACCUCAACAAUCUUAUAUUUCUUCAGCAAAUUUAUCGAAAGAUUUACCUCAGAUUACAUUUGACAUGUCUUCGGAAUAUUCUCUAUCGAUUGAAUUUCUUAAAUCAAUCGGAUGUCGCACAAUUGAUUUUUCAACAACAACAAUAGCGAAUCAUUUAAAUUCUAUGAAUAAUAAUCAAACAUUACAAGAUCUUAUUCAAAAUCUAUUAAAACAACGAGAUAAUAUGAGUGAUACUGAUGUAAAUGCUUUAGGAAAUACACCUUGUUUUGCAGGAAUCAAUGGUGAAACUAAACGUAAUUAUAAAGCUAAUGAACUUCAUUUUCCAUCUGUUGCAAAAGAAUUUCAAUGGAAAGAUUUAUCAAUUAUUGAUUGGAUUGAUAUUAAUCCAUUUUCACAAGAAUAUAUUUUUCUAAAAGAACUUGGUGUCAAAGAAGCACCCGAUUUACAAGAUUUAUUUUUACAUAUUACACAAGAACAUAAUCAAAGUUCAAAAAUAAAAUCCGAAUAUCAAUUACCACCAUCAUUAAUUUAUUUUACUGAAAAUUUUCGAAAAUAUUAUUUAAAAAUUUGGGAAAAUAAUAAA